GGAUGCACGCGGGGUUCCUGGGGUUCUCCGCCCUGCUGCUGGCGGCCGAGCAGAGCGCGCGCCUCUGCACCAUGGUUUAUUACUUCAUGACAGGACAGCUUCUUUGGGCAUCACUGGCCUUCUCUGUCCUACUGCCCGGCUUCUUGGUCCAGGGCCUGAGUUAUCUAUGGUUUCGAGCAGACGGACAUCAAGGCCAUUGCUCUUUGGUGAUUGUGCACCUCCUACAACUUGGUGUUUGGAAACGGCACUGGGACACUGCAUCAGCUGCUCUGUCUAAGAAAUGGGAGGCCCCCUGCCUGGGCCAGCUGCUGCUGCAGGAGGCUGACCUGUCGGCCCUCCGGCUCUUGGAAGCCCUGCUUCAGACUGGGCCCUACCUGCUGCUUCAAACAUAUGUUUUUCUAGCCUCUGACUUCACAGAUAUUGUGCCAGGUGUAAGUGCUCUGCUCUCCUGGUCCUCACUGUCUUGGGCCCUGGUGUCCUAUGCUCGUUUCAUGGGCUUCCUGAAGCCAGGACACCUCUCCAUGCCAUGGGCUGCCCUCUUCUGCCAGCAACUCUGGAGGAUGGGCAUGUUGGGAACUCGCGUCCUGAGUCUGGUUCUGUUUUACAAAGCUUACAACGUUUGGGUUUUGGUAGUUGGAGGUGCCCACUGGCUGAUGAUGACGUUCUGGCUCGUGGCGCAGCAGAGUGACAUCGUCGACAGCACCUGCCACUGGAGGCUGUUCAACCUGCUCGUUGGGGCUGUGUACAUCUUCUGCUACCUUAACUUCUGGGACAGCCCUUCCAGAAAUAGGAUGGUCACAUUCUACAUGGUAAUGCUGAUAGAGAACAUCAUCCUCUUGCUGUUGGCUACUUACUUUCUCCAGGAAGCGUCGUGGAACAGCCUGUGGAUGAUAGCAAGUGUUAUGUCUGGCUUUCUGAUUGGCAGCGUCUCGCUGGUAAUUUAUUACACCUUGCUACAUCCAAAAUCCACAGACAUCUGGCAGGGCUUCAUAAGGAAGCCCUGUGGCACUGCAGGUGGUGAUAAAAAAGAGAAAGACUCUUCUCUGCAGGCUGUGGCCCCAGCUGGGGAGAGGUUGGAGAGCCUGGACGUGUGCCAAGGGGAAGGUUCUGAGUUGACAUGCCUGGGGGCUUCCCUCCACCCAGAGUGGGGCCCUUCAGAGGCUGGUCUGGGAAGCCAGGUUGCCAAAGAGGACCUUUCCCUGGGACACCACCACUGGCUGUUGGUGAAACUUGCCUUAAAAACAGGAAAUGUGUCAAAGAUCAGUGCAGCCUUUGGAGAUGAAAAUACUGGCUGCUUUUGCCCCCCUGCAUGGCAACUGAGUCAACACUACAGCCAGCAGAGAAAGCGUGUCUUCUCCCAGCAAGAAUUCGCAGCAUCACCCUGGGACACCCAAGCCUUAAAGGAAGGCUCUGAGGUUGAAUGUGUCCUUAAAGCGGAGGCCAAGCCUCUGGAAACCUCAAGUUACAUCUCUUUCACCAGCGAUCAUCACAACAGUGCACCUACCCAGAACCUGUCAACUACACAGGGGGAAGACAGUCCAAAGGAGGGAGUUGUGGUUUUGCCGGGUGAAGCCAUAGCCCCUGGGGCCCAGGGAAGGGGUGUGAGUGGGCAGCCAAGAGAAGGGGAAGGACAGGAGGGCCCUACACUGUAUUUCAGUGCCAUCAUAGAAGGCACCACAUCCUCACACCAGGAAAACAAGGUGUCUCCACAGACGUCCCACUCUGGGAGGAGAUGGGGAGAGAGCAGCUGUGCCCAGCCUGCCUCACCUCAGCCAGUCCUUAAACCCUUUCCUGCCACCAUGGCUAAUAUUAGCCCCAUCCUUGGCACGGGCCCAGACAAAAGCUUCUCCCCCAGUACAGACUUCCCUGGAGGGACCUCAGGUAGCUCAGAUUGUGGGGAGCGGCAAGAACCCCCAAGGGACCUAAAUCAUCAUGCCACAGUAGGCAUGUGGAUGUCAUUGCCAAAGACUAGACUGAGGCUGGAGGAUGAGCCCUACCUCACAUCGACCCCUAACUCUGAAUCCAUCCAAAGGGACUGCAUCUGGAGGGAAAGGUGGAAACAAGAGAGGAGCUUUUCCAUCUGAUUAGAGUCAUGGUGGAGUAAGACGGUAGACCAGCAAACCAAGCAGUUCACCAACAUGUCACAUAAUAAGAGAACUGGUCUGGGGUUUAGGAAACCCCCACUCCUUGCACAAAUCGCUUCUCUCUCUGGCCCGCCAUUACUCAGCUGAAAAAUCUCUAAGAUCCCCUUGUGGACACCACAUACCACACAUAGCCAUAUACUGUGUUCUUGCUGAUGUGACGUGGGAGGAGGAGAAAAGGCUUCCAUUGGCAUUGCCUUUUGUGAACUGUAUUAUUUAUCCCUUUUUUGUUUUUUUGCUGUAGCUUCUAGGGAGCUCAAAAGAUAAAACCCAGACUCCCUAUUUUAUUCUAGGUUCUUGUUAGCUAGGUUAGCUUCUCCUGUCACUAAGAGGUUAUUAAUGUCUCUUUCAAAGAGGUAUUCUAACUAUAAUUAUUUUAUGAAAUCUCGUGGUAAGGUAAUGCAAAUCCUUUCUGGAAGUCUGAGAAACUGAUGGUUCUGAUCAUCAACAUCAGUGACCCUGAAAAUGCAAAGUGUCAUUCUGGGAUUCCCGUGCCACUUUGGCAGAGUCUAAAUGAUAUUUUCCUUCCUGAAGACCACCAGUGGUUCUUUGCAGGUCCCUUCUCUCUGCUACUGACUUUCGCUCCAUGUCCCUUAUCUCCAAACUCUGCUCCCCCUGCAAUGCGAUGUGAGAUACUGUCGGUGAUUUCACUCAUCCUACAAGAAGGGAUUAAACGUCCCUUUCCUCUUUUGCUCUGUUUCUCACUCGUCACCUUGAAGUUGUUCUGUGUGGGUAGGUAUUUGCAUCAUUUUGUUAAGCCUUCCUUUGUAGUGGUUUAGGGAGGCCAGUCAAACCAUCCUAGAGAAAAGCAGUCAGCUUGUGGAGGGCUGGGUGCUGUUUGGUAGUGGUGGUUUUUACACUCUCCCAACAUCUCUGGGUUUGGGGACAAUAUGACAGCCCUAAGGAGGAUACCUUGGUGGCACAGUGGUUAAAGCACUCAGCUGAUAACCGAAAGGUUAGCCGUUUGAACCCACCAGCAGCUGGCGGGAGAAAGAUGUAGCAAUCUGCUUCCGAAAAGAC